ACUUUACUUCAAAUUGAAUCGCAUCAUUGAAGCGAACAGUGAGACGCAAAUUAUUCGAAUUUUUCAGUUGGAAAACAAACCUAAAAGGAAUCGAUAUAUUUUGGAUUUUUUAACCAUUUUUGAUGAACCUUAUUCCCACAUCGCGAAACAAUGAACUAAUUGUAUUCUAAAGUGGUAAAACAAAUUGAAAAACUGGUGUUUUGUUCAUUUCUUAGGGUUAAUGGAGUUGCCAACUGGGGGAGCACGUGUCAGUUUAUGAAAUCCACCAAACCGUAACCACUCUUGACCUAUAAAAUAACAGACUUGUAGCCCUAAAUAUUUCACACCAGUGACACUUUCAACUGACACUUCAAGUAUCAAGGUGUGAAAUGGUUCAGACUGUAAUUAGCAAUGCGAUAAAAGCCAGACCUAGCACUGAGUUAUUUGUUUGUGGUAAGUUUAAAGAAGUUUAUAUUUUUUCAAUGUUCCACUGGAAAUGAAAUAUCGUAAUUUAUUUUACAGUAUACCUGAAAUACAAAAUAAUACCCUGAAUCGGUGCCACAUGUUACUGGUAGCGAGGGCACAGUUUGCAACACUUCAGUGAAGUUUUUGUUUUGGAGAAAUUUUGAAAACCGCUCUAAAGUUAAAUAGCAUUAUGAGUAUCUAAGAGCUCUGAAGAAAGGAAUAUCGGAGGAAUUGGUUACCGAGUGACUGAACACGGUCCAUGGAUGAAUAUUCAUGUUCCUUCCAGUUUUACUUUGCUUUUGCUAUCUGCACUUGGACUAUUUUUAGUCGUCUGUUAUCAUGUUCGAGUUAUCUCCUUCGCAAGUAAUUUAUAUACGUUAAAUAACGAUGGAUUUGACCACGGGUCGUUGAAUCAAAAAGGAAAAGGUAUCGUCUAUCUCGUACAAGCGGAGUGUUGCCUGUCUGAACAUUUCUCGUCGUUUAUAAAACUUGACAGCCGCGCCGCACGAGAUGUUUUGGUAUUAAGCUGGGGGAGACAGUGUUUGGACUCCUCGAGAAAUUUAAGCAGUGUGGUCUAUGUUGACGGCAAGAACACUUCAUGGAGUGCCGGACGAAAUAUUCUUUAUCAAUUGGCUCUGAAAAGGAACAAGAAUUACCUGUACUUCGUGUUUAUGGAUGACGAUGUCGAAUUUUCCUUUACGUCAAACAUGACACAAGACAUCGGUUACAGCAAAGGAACUAGAGAUCCACUUCAAGCUUUUGAAAACUUUCUUUUAGGUUACGAGCCUGCAAUAGGUCUGUGUAAUUACUGUAGUCGCUGUGGAAAGCUCGUGCCAAACGGCUCUUACGUUCCCGGGCUUUGUUGCUCGCCGCGCACCGCCGCAGGUAAUCUCCCGCCAAUUUUACCGGCGACAAUCGCGUUUGACGCCGCUGUCAAUGCCUUCCACACCAAAGCGAUUCAGCAUCUCUUACCUUAUAGACUCGACUACGAGGUGAUAAGCUGGUGGGAAAGUCAAAAAUAUGUUAUUUUAGCGUCAGAUAUUAUAUUUCGUGGUCAAGUCGUUCGAUACACAUCAGUGACGGCCAUAAACAACGAACACAGAGAUUAUCCUCAGCUACCUCUGGACAACUGGGCAGAUAUACUGCGAGAUGUAAGAAAAGAAGUACCAGAGAAAUAUAAAAACCUCAACGUCUUCAAAAGAAAGCCUGAAGUUGACAUGGUUCCGAAAAUCAUUGGAAAAAUCCUAUACACACCGCAAUGGAAUAUUUCCAUUCCCGAGCCGAAAACUCCCAUUGUACCAUACAGCCAUCUUGAUAACUUUUGACAGCAAAAGAGUGAAAAAAAAAAAUGCAUUUCUACAGAUGCAAUUGAAUUGACGGACAAGAAACUGCCUAAACGCUGUCCUGGGAAACCUCGGCCAGAGAUUGAUAAAACGAUAUUUUCAUAGAUUUAUAUUUACAUAUUUAUAGAUGACUGAUAUUUUCGUAAACUUCCAAUUUUAAGUAACAAGCUGUCAUUAAUUUUUUCUAAAAAAUUCCAGCAAUAGAAUCGGAAGAUUUGAUUUACUCAUAAUCAGUUUUUUCAUUUUUUUUAUAAUAUAAUUAUAUUUACACUAGCUAAGGGAAUGAGAUGGAAAUAGGAAACAUCAAAAUUGAAUUGUAAAAGUUGGCCAAUGAAGAGCAACUACAACAGACUCACCAAACCAGGCAAACAUAUUUGUCAGGCUUGGCGUGGUUUGAGGAAAGGACAAAAGCAACAUAGCAAAACACGGACAGAAUUUUGUUCUUAGUGAGGGUGAAAUUUAUAUAUGAAUGAAUGAAUAAAUGAAUGAAUGAAUGAAUGAAUGAAUGAAUGCUUUAUUUAACGUGGAUAUACGCUUAGCUUGAUAGCUAGUUUACAGGUAUUCCACCUAAUAACUAAUGAGAACCUAACAACUAAAUAACGCUAAUAUCACAAUUCAUCAGGUAAAAAUCACAAAUUAAAUACUGAUUAGAACUAUUCAAAACUAUUAUGAAAAUAUCACCGCCGCAGUAAUACUAUUAAAACUAACAUUUUCAAAAGAAAUUGAUAAUCAGCAGCCAUUUAUGAAAAGGGUCUAUGAAAAAAGAAAAAAAAAAAACUAACCUCGCUGUAUAAAGUAAGCUAUUUACCCUGACACGGACACCGAAGUAACUGAGAAAUGCUCAAAUGCGACAAUUUAUUUUGUCUUAUUUAUAUAUCCUGCAUAUUUACAAAGAUACGAAUAAAGAAAAAAAAAACACUUUAUUUAAGUGUCUGAGUGUUUAGCACUACUGUACUAAUUGCGGCGGGAGGCUGACCAGAUGGCUAUUUAUAAUUACAAAGCUUGGAGGAGUUGAUUUUGAGACCACCAAACACAAACCCAUCUAGUGGCAGGAGGAAGAUUUGAACCCGAGGCCACUGGGUCACAAAUCCUGCGACCUAACCAAUAAGCCACGCCCCCUCCAUAAAAUCUUUUUGAUAAAAGCUAGUUGACAGUUUCUCUAGUUUUUCGAGUAACCGUCAACUAAUUUCGAGCUAUUCCGCGUAUAUUGUCUUUGUAUCGAGCACUCCUACGAUCGCGUGAAACGUGCCAAUUCUACUAUAGUUUUCUUUGUUUAUUUACAAAUAUAAUAUGUAUCUGAAAAUCUUUGAUACUGACCUCUCCCUCAACUGUGUAUAUAAGUUUCUUUUCUGUGUCGUAACCGUCGCGACUCUGGCUAGUGA